UAAUUGUGCAUUGUUUCCUUUCCACAGGUGACUUCCCUUUCAGUCUGGUUCUCAUCUGGGGGGGCCCUGGCAGUGCAGCCCCCCCAAACUUCACUUUUCUGAAACACGGCUCUAGCCAACCUGCUUCGUUGCUUCACUUGCGACCGCCUGUGCGGGGGCUGCACGGCACCUGCCCCUCCACCUCGACAGGGCAUUGUUCUUCAACCUGUCAUGCCCAGCUGUGAGCCAGUACCACCUGCUGCCUAUCUCCCUACCAAAACCUUCCGCAGCUAUCUGCCUCGGUGCCACCGAACAUACAGCUGCGUCCACUGCAGGGCACACUUGGCCAAGCAUGACGAGCUCAUCUCCAAGUCCUUCCAGGGGAGUCAUGGCCGCGCCUAUCUUUUCAAUUCUGUGGUUAAUGUGGGCUGCGGUCCAGCUGAACAACGCCUCUUGCUCACUGGUCUCCAUUCAGUCGCUGAUAUUUUCUGUGAAAGCUGCAAGACUACACUGGGCUGGAAAUAUGAACAAGCCUUCGAGACCAGCCAGAAGUACAAAGAAGGGAAAUACAUUAUUGAGAUGUCACACAUGGUGAAGGACAACGGCUGGGACUGACAGGGCCUCUGGGUGACCCCUUCUCCUACAGCAUGCCUUGCCCUUUCCUAAUCCCACUGCCACAGCUGGCACCCUGGCACAACUACUCCUGCCCCCCUUUCCAUGCCCCUAGGCUCCUGCACAGCAUCACCCAUGGGAGUGGAGAUACCAGGACCCUUCUCCCAAACCUCUUGUACCUUCUGAUGCUGGAUUCACAGUCUGGAGGAUCACCCCACAGUAAACGGGGAGUGUCGUAGAGCUAAGAGGCCCAAUUUGAGGAUUUUUAAUUGGAUUCUAUGUGACAUAUAUGGAGUAUGCUGCUUUCAUUACUAGCACCUGUUGGGUGGGACAGAUGGCGGAAGGAAGCACAUUUGAACUUUACAGUCCAUUGCAUACGGAAAAUGCAGUGCUUUCUGAAAUAGGGCAGAAAGAGCUGUGAGCACAGGGCAAAUUCUUGGGGAGGGGCCAUAGCUCAAUGGAAGAGCAUAUGCUUUGCAUGCAGAAGGUCCCUGGCUCAGCCCUUGGUAUCUGAAACAGGAGCAGGACAGACCUCUGUCCAAAGUUAUGCCAGAUAGAGAUGACAGCACUGGGCUAGACUGACCAGUGGUUUGACUCAGCAUAAGGCAUCUUCAUAUGUUCAUGCACUCCUCUCCUAAUCAUGGGGGAAUGACGGUAUUGUAGGGGGGAAAUGUAUGUCAGUCUAGCAGUGCUGGGCAGAAAAGGGUGGAAGGGGAGUAAAUUCCUUCCAAUGGGGACAAACUGUCCUCCAGGCAGAGGACUCAUGAGCUGUUCCUCCCAGCAUGGGGCCAUGGUAGUUCACAUUCCCCUUCACCAUUCCCUUUCCCAGACACUGCCGUGGUAUAUUUCCCCAUUUCUACGCAAUGGAGUCUGCGGGUUUUUGGUUUAUUUUGGGUUGCUGUGUGCUUGUGAUCCCCGGGCACUAUCAUCCCCCACACCUCCCCCUGCCCUACAUGGAAAAGGGUGGGGUUGGGUGGGGGCAAAGCCUCAGCACUAUCACCAGCGCAGGAAUUUUUUUGUAUAAUAAAGAUGUUUUAUAUUUAAAAAGAUAAAA